GGGAUCCAAGAUGGCGGGGUCUAGCAGCGUGUAUCCUCUCCCCAAGAUUUCUAACUCAUAUUUUCCCGCCAUACCACCAAAAGCACCACCACCAGCAAUUUCAUAUUCACAAGCUGUCAAUGAGGCCCCAUAUUCUGCCCUCAGUGGGGUGAUUGUAGAUGGGAGAAUACCAGACAGGCAUCCAGUGGAGCCACGAUGCAGGGUACGGAACCAGGUGGGUCAGACGAACCGCUGGCGCCUCCCGGAGUCCUUGUACAGCGACCUGCUGGGCAGCUCACAGGCAGUGAAGGCCAUCUCUAUGCCCUACAACCGUAGCAUGAUCAACAUCAUCACUGCCGAGUCUCCGAAGCUGUCCACCAACUUGGACCUAUCCAAGCCCUACACAUUCCGGGUCUCCAAUGACAGACCACAAACGCAGCCAAAAUUGAUGCCAUCCCAGGCAUCUAGAGGAUCAAAACUGCUGACUCGUGACUCUAUGUCCUCAUCAGUUUCCCAAACUGUGCCUGCGUCAGCUCCCAGUAGACCCCGAAGUAUACCGUCCACUGUCCGUCCACUUCGGACAUUCACGCCAAAGAAUGCGUGUCCGGUCACCCCAAAAGAUGUGUUUCUGUACCACUCCAAGAAGAACAUGAGCUUUGUGGGACCAGAUGAACAGCCAUUAGAGUGUGACGUGAUCCUAGAGUGCCUUGGUCUCAACUGGGAGCUUCACCGGCCAUUUCUCCAGAAAUCCGGGACCCUAGCCACUUUGCUCCACUCUGCCACAGACCCCUCUUCCCAGAAGUACUAUCGCAGCUCUGCCUCUGAGACCCUUGAUAACUACAUAAAAAAGAGUGAAUUCUACAGCAACGAAUACCGCGACAUCAGUCAGCGACUCAGUGUUGUGGAUGAUGCUCCAGAAGAGAAGAAGGGCAUUGGACAUCCUGCUCACACAUCACAGCAGAGGACGGGGACAGUGGCCACAAUAACACUGGACAUAAGUGAUGCACUGGUCACAAAGAGAGCUGUGGCUGUUGCCCUUGGCAACCUGUACCAUGAUGAACUGGAGGUGGAUGUUGAUGACGUGGCUGGAGUGCUGGUUGUUGCUUCAAUCCUCGACUUCAAAUCCCUUGUUGAUGGGUGUUGUGACAUCAUGUUGAAGUCCAUCAGCUCCAAGACUGUAUGUACAUAUCACCACACUGCCUCGCAGUACAACCAGGACCAUGUGGUAGGGGCUUGUGAGAGAUGGCUGGAGCUUAAUCUCAUCCCACAGUUAGCCUGUCAAAUACAGCUGAGAGAUAUGGCAGCCGAUCUACUGCAGAGAAUACUGAAAUCUAACAGAUUGUUUGUGUACAACGAGUACAGCGUGUACAAGACGCUGGUGUACUGGCUGUUCCUGCAGGUGAACCCCGACAUCCAGCUCAUGCCGUCACACAGCACAGUACUGGCAUUCUUCAAUAGCUUAUCGAAGAACACUGCCUUCCUGGAGCGAGACGAGAGUCAGAUGUAUGCUCCCCUGUUUGCAGCUGUACGACUACAUGGGAUCACAGACACUGGGAACAUUCAAGACAUGCAGAUAAUGAACAUCCUGCCCCAGAAGUGGCUGGUGGAUCUCCUGUCUCAGCACUACCACGCUGUGAGUACACACCUUACUCUAUGGUAGGCACACGCUGAAGGG